AUGAAGGCCGGAGCUCUUUUUCUGUUUCUUGCGAGCAUAGUCGCCACGCUGUGCCGUGCAGACCUUCUACAAUACGCCGAUCAAAUUCCCAAAUGUGGUUUGACCUGUCUCCUGACGGCCAUACCGGCCUCGGAAUGCCACUCAGUCACAAACAGCACGUGUAUCUGCUCGAGCGAUGAGCUGUUUACCGCUGUCGACAGCUGCAUGUCCGGAAAAUGCACCGUACUAGAACGACUCGCUGUCGCGAGAAUAGACGAGACGGCGUGCAACAAGGAGAAGCGACACCGAACCGACGACAUCGCUGGAUUUCUGGUGCUUGACGUCUUCUCGCUGGCGUGCGUGCUGGCGCGGCUGAUCGCGAGGUACAGAAUGAGUGCAAGCCUGGAGAUUGAUGACUGGGUCGUCUUCGUCCUGCUGUUUCUGUUUGUGACGUUUAUGGUCAUUGGCAACUACGUGCGUAUCACGGCGAUUGGCUACGAUGUCUGGAAUCUUGAUGUGGACACCAUAACAUUGGCUCUGAAGCUCUUCUUCAUCGACGAAUUGUUCUACACAGCAAUCCUAGCUUUGUGCCGGGUCUGCCUGCUCUUCUUUCUGAUUCGAGUCUUCUCCGUUACCACGUUUCGGAAGAUCUGUUGGAUAGUCAUAGCAUGGGUGGUGGUAACGGCUAUUAUUAUUCUCUUCAUGACAAUCUUCCAGUGCACCCCUAUAAGGUACAACUGGGAGGGAUGGACAGGCGAAUUCGGAGAUGCAAAGUGCAUAGAUGUUAAUGCACUGGCAUACGCCGCAGCUGCUAUGGGUAUCGCACAAGAUAUCGCGAUUCUUCUCCUACCGCUUCCCAUCAUCGCGCAACUGAACAUGCCUCUGCGGAAGCGACUGUUGACCCUCUUCAUGUUCAGUCUCGGUAUUUUCGCUGUGCUGACUAGCUGUUUCCGGUUGCGCUAUCUGCUGCAAUUCGCCAAAUCUCUGAAUCCGACGUGGGACUACACAGAUAUCGUUAUCUGGACUUCGCUAGAGGUCAAAGUCACUGUCAUUGUGCUUUGUCUACCCACUAUCCGAGUGCUCUUCGCCCGCCUACUUCCAUCGAUAUUCGGCACAACCCAAAAGUCGGCGCCGACGAAGACGAUGACGCCUAAGUCUGGCUCGGCGCGGCAUAACAACUACGUGGAUUUAUCUGAUGGCACACCAUCUCUCGGGCCAGCCCGGCAGCCGUGGGACAGCGAUAUUGAACUGGAUCGCGAUAUCGCAGCCUCGGGAGGCUCAAAUCCCUCAAAAGAACGCUACACGGGUCAGAAGAUAUAUGUUCUCCAUGGACCCCCUCAGAGAAAGGUUUGGGUAUGA